UGCUUGUCUUUUGUUUAGCAUGACGCAAGUAUUAGAUCCAAGAAUAUUUUUGGAUCCAAGAUUAAUAAUAUAUUAGCUGUACUGCCAUAAUCUGCAGAUAAAUUCCCUAGAAUUCCCUAUAUUAGUACUUUAGAUUGAUUUAGUUUUAGUUGUCUGAGAGAUUGUUUCAAUGAGGCACCCUCUGCACUCACUAUUGCCAGCACUCUGCUGGGCAUUUCUUUUUCUGGGUGUCUGUAAUUGUUUGAAAAAUGCAGAUCAAGUUAGAGAUAGGAUAACACAUUUGCCAGGGCAGCCAGCCAAUGUUGAAUUCAGUCACUACUCAGGUUAUGUGACAGUGAAUGAAACAGCUGGGAGGGCAUUGUUUUACUGGUUUAUUGAGUCACCGGCAAGUCGAAACCCUGAGAAAAGACCACUCAUUUUGUGGCUCAAUGGAGGACCUGGAUGCUCUUCUAUAGCUUAUGGGGCUGCUGAAGAGAUUGGGCCAUUUCACAUCAAGUCUGAUGGGAAAACUCUUUACCUUAAUCCUUAUUCUUGGAACAAGUUGGCAAAUUUGCUGUUUCUUGAAUCUCCAGCUGGUGUUGGUUUCUCUUACUCAAAUACAACCUCAGAUUUGAAUACUUCAGGUGAUCAAAGAACAGCUGAAGAUGCAUAUGCAUUUCUAGUCAAGUGGUUUGAUAGGUUUCCUCAAUACAAGUAUAGAGAUUUUUACAUUGCUGGAGAAAGUUAUGCAGGGCAUUAUGUCCCACAGCUAUCUCAAAUUGUAUACCAAAGAAACAAGGGAAUCAAGAACCCUGUUAUUAAUUUCAAGGGCUUCUUGGUGGGGAAUGCAGUUAUAGAUGAUUACCAUGACUACAUUGGCACAUUUGAGUAUUGGUGGACGCAUGGUUUAAUUUCAGAUUCUACAUACAAGUAUCUUCACAUAGCUUGUGAUUCUGAAUCAGCUACACAUCCUUCAAGUGAUUGCAUCAGAGCACUUAGUAUUGCAGAACGUGAGCAGGGAAAUAUUGAUCCGUAUAGCAUAUACACUCCCCCCUGUGCUAACACUUCAGCACUUCAGCACAACUUAAGGGGUCAUUAUCCAUGGAUGUCCAGAGCAUAUGAUCCAUGCACAGAGAGGUAUUCUCAGUUUUACUUUAACAUACCAGAAGUCCAGAAGGCAUUACAUGCUAAUGUAACUCGAAUUCCCUAUCCAUGGGCCACAUGCAGUGAUCUUGUUAGUAACUACUGGGGAGAUUCUCCUGUAUCAAUGCUUCCUAUUUAUCGAGAACUAAUAGCUGCUGGUCUCAGGAUAUGGGUAUUCAGUGGGGAUACUGAUUCUGUGGUUCCAGUAACAGCAACCCGGUAUUCCAUCGAUGCAUUGAAGCUUCCAACUGUUGCCAACUGGUACCCUUGGUACGAUAAUGGGAAGGUUGGUGGAUGGAGCCAAAUAUACAAAGGGUUGACCCUUGUGACUGUAACUGGAGCAGGCCAUGAAGUGCCCUUACAUCGCCCGCGACAAGCUUUUAUUCUUCUGAGAUCAUUUCUGGAGAACAAGCCUUUGCCAAAUGCAUAAGCCAUUCAUUAUCACAAGCAAGCAAAGGUCUGCAUUUUAUAUUUUGAUUGGAAAUUGUCAUAGGAAGAUUGCCAGAAGACCUGAUCUCAUAUCCGAUAAUAUAUGUUCCCAUUGAAAUUAGAUUCAUAUAUAAUAAUGUAUGUGCUGUCAUUGGAUUUGAAUUGAAAAUGUAAGUAAAAUUCUUUAUCCCUUCAUGUACAUGAAGCCUCUCAUCAUUCAGCCUUGUUGACCAUUGGAACAUUAAUGCAAAAUGCUUCUUUUCCAUAGA